AUGGUGGUAGCUCCACCUUUUGGCUCUGCCUCAGCUUAUAGAGAUACUUUCCCUUCCCCUCCGCCCAAGAAUGUGACCGUACAAGCGGAGACAUGUUUCAACUUGGGUCUUUUCAAAGAUAUGGUCAGACAGUAUCGUAAAUUAGAUGAUCAGAUUAUCGUGAGACUCAACAGAGCUCAGGCAGAAGUGCGAGAUCGGACUCGAUCUCGUAAUUUGGCAGGGAGAGGGCUGAGGAGAAUUGAAGGGAAUGAGGGGAUGUGUGCGGAGAUGUGGUCAGAGAUGAUGUCGGGCUGGGCACAUAGACAAACUUUACUUUCAUACUGCUUGGAAACCGUCAAUGCAUCGUUGGAACUACGACGAUCUACCAUAGGAUCAUCGGGAAUGAAAGAAGAAGAAGUCUUGGCGGAUCAAUUAGCCAAUGAACAUAGUAUAGAAGCUAUCAUUAGGAAACGUACGCACGACGCUUUCCGUUCCCGAUGUCCUUUCUUCUCCCCACCGUCAGAUCCCAUAUCAAAAGCAUGGUGGGAUCUUGCACAAUCUGCUGGAUCAGGUCGUGGGCCAGAUUUACCACCUUCAUCUUGA